AUGCCUCAACUGAUAGUAAAGGAGGAUAUUCAUAUGGACACGGUACUGGGCCGUAGUUCUGAGAAAGAUGGACUGUACCAUGUGGAGGAGGUCUCGAGCACUGGAUCGGCUCACUUAGCUCAAGGGUCUUCAACCCGACAGUUGUGGCUCUGGCACCAGCGCUUUGGCCAUCCCUCAAGUGAAUAUCUUCGUACUUUGUUUCCUGAAUUUAAAUCCAUUGAUAUCCCUAUUUGUUCUUCAUGUGUGCUUAAUAAAAGUCAUAAGAGUACUUAUCAUAUUUUCGCAAAUAAAUCUGAUACUCCAUUCUCAAUAAUACACUCUGAUGUAUGGGGGUCUGCCCAGGAAACUGUUUCUCAUGAUUAUAGAUACUUUGUUACUUUUAUUGAUGAUUGUAAUCGUAUUACUUGGAUCUACUUGUUGAAACAUAAAUAUGAAGUGGCUGAAAAAUUUUGCGACUUUUUUCGCAUUAUUAAAAUCCAAUUUCACAACACCAUUCAAGUCCUCCAGUUUAACAAUGGGGGGGAAUUUGUCAACAAUCAUCUUCAAAUCUUUUUUCGAGACAAUGAGAUCAUUCACCAAACUACUUGUCCGUAUACCCCACAGCAAAAUGGGUCGCCAAAAGAAAAAAUCGGCACGUCCUUGAAACCACCUGAGCCUUAUUAUUUGAAGCCCAGUGAGGGGGAGACUACAGCAAAACCACCACCACUUCCAAGUUGGCUUAGCUAUCCUCAGAGAGAGUCAGAAAAUCCUCAGGGGGAGUCAGAGACUAUCCAUCCACUUUCCCUUCCUGAGUCUAUGCCAGAACUUGGAGACACUGAUCAUCUAGUACAGUCCUCAAUCUCAAUGCCACAACCAGAGCUUGCCAUCGUAGAAUAUCCUAAGGAAUACGCCACUAAGAGCCUUGUGAAGGUGGCGAAUCCACGAGAGGAAGUUAGAGAGAAGAGAGAUGAACAAGAAUGGGAGUUUUAUAAUGGUGACUAUCCAAUGGCUUCUGAGUUGUGUAGGGAGAGAGAGAUGUCCGCUAUGGUUUCUGCUUUGAUCCAUGUGGUUACUGGAAAGAUUCCUAAGCCUAGUUCUUCUGAGUAUUCUUUAUGUAAUGAAGGAGCUAAUUGUUCAAGUUCUUCGAGUGCUGGCGGAGGAGCAAAGAGACCAAGAGAAGCUGACAAUGGUUGUCAAGAUUUUACAAAGCUUUCUAGACCACUUGUUGAUGAUGAAUUUUCACAUGGAAGAGUCACAAAGGAUUCAAAAAUUGCUGCAGCUGCCACCACCAUAAUCCCACCUGCAGAACCCAUGUUCACUGCCAUAUAUGAGCACAACAACACCUUCCAAGAGGAGCCGAUGAGAAAAUACAGAGGAGUGAGGCAAAGGCCAUGGGGAAAAUGGGCAGCUGAAAUAAGAGAUCCAUUCAAGGCUUCGAGAGUUUGGCUAGGGACUUUUGACACUGCUGAGGCUGCAGCAAGAGCCUAUGAUGAAGCUGCACUCAGAUUCAGAGGCAGCAAGGCUAAAUUAAACUUCCCAGAAAACGUCAAGCUCCGACCAUCCACCCCCAAUGCCCACUUGAUGAAUUCUGAUUCUCCAAAUACCCUUUUGUCCGUUCCUACAUCUACUCAAGUACCAAUGGUUAACUCUCAAGUUGCUGGUUCAGGGGAGUCAGUGAACCAUUCUCAACUGGUUUUGGGAAUUGGUAGCUAUCAAAGACCAGCCAUGAAUCUAUAUGAUAAAAUGGUUUUGCCAUCUUCAACAGCAUCUCUUCAUUCUCAAUCUUCUACUUUUGUUGGUUCUACUUCUUCUACAUUUUUGCUAUCUUCUUCCCUUCCUCAUUUUUUUCCACCUCCAUCUCUGGGGUACUUGAGGAGGGCCACCAAUCAGAGUGGUGGUGCAGAUACUUCCGGGCCAUCAUGGUCAGGUAGCAGUCAUUGUAGUCCUUCUCCAUGAUAUGGUGCCUGCUUGACAUUGAGAUCCAAGGGCUUUUAGAAAAAUAUCUUAGAAAAAAAAAUAAAAAAGUUAUUUUAUUAUUC